AUGGCUCCUUUUAAAGUUGCGGUGUAUCUUUACCCCUCAGCAGACAUACUCGACUUCAGCGGGCCAGUGGAAAUCUAUAGCAUGCGACCCGCAUCUGGAGAAACUAUCUUCGAAGUGAAAACAUUCGGACACCACGAUCGCAUAUCGUCGGAAAGUGGUAGUCUCGUCUAUGUACCCAAUGGCAUUUUUGAGGAGCUAGAGGCCAAUAUCGCCGACUACGACAUCCUUGUCAUCCCAGGCGCGGAUUUUGACGUCUUCGAUCGUCUUCUUCCAUCCAAGGAGGGCAAGGAGCUCACAGCUCUCCUACGCAAGUUUGUCAGUCUGCCGCCAAGACAGGAGGCUGGAGCCAGGAUCCUGCAGUCUGUAUGCACGGGCGCCAUCAUUCUUGCGGCAUCCAACGUCCUGGCUGGUCGCACAGUGACAACACAUCAUCUUGGUUUCGACAUGUUGAAGACGACGGCCGAUAAAGCAGCAGGUGGCGAUGCAAGGAUUGAAGUGGUGAAGAAACGAUGGGUCGACGCCGGCACGACUGAAGCUGGUGUAAGAAUCAUCAACGCUGCGGGAGUCACUUCCGGUAUCGACACGAGCCUGUGGAUCUAUGAGCAGCUUGCAGGAAAAGAGCAGGCGGAUUAUGUAGCCGAAAUUGCGGAAUUCGAGCGUAGAGGCGAGGCUUGGGGUACGUGA